UAAAAAGUGAAAGUAGCCUAAAUGGUGAUGUUUCGCCAUUUAAACAAUUAUAAUAGUUUCUUUACAAUACGUAUUAGCAAAGUAUAGGAACCAUGAAUUUACCUGCUACUUAUAGAAAUGGCGAGGCGGAGCAUGCUGUCGAUAUAAUUAAAAAUCAAUCGAGACUCAGUGGUGGAGAUCAGAUUCAGCUGUUCAGCUCCAUCAUGGACAACACACAAACAUCCAGAGAUGAGGAUUAUUCUCCAGAAUGCAGUUUAGUUCAUCAGAAGAGAUCAGAAUCAGAGCCCAGCUGUGUGUCUAUGAGAAGUGAUGUGUCUAUGAAUCCUCCACUACAUUUUAAGAGUGCAGAUACACAGACUAAUCUCAGUUUAGUCCAUCAGAAGAGAGCAGAACCAGAGCCCAGCUGCGUGUCUAUCAGCAGUAAUGAGUCUAUAAAUCCUCCACUACAUUUUAAGUUUGAAGAUACACAGACAGAAGUCAGCCAUGAAGUCCUCAACAUGUUUAAAUCAAAUCUGAUGAAGAAGUUUGAGUGUCUGUAUGAGGGAACAGCAAAGCAGGGAAACCCAACCCUCCUGAAUGAGAUCUACACAGAGCUCUACAUCACAGAGAGUGAGAGUGGAGAGAUCAGUAAUGAACAUGAGGUGAGACAGAUUGAGAUACAAUCCAGGAGAGCAGCAACAGAGGACACACCGAUCAAAUGCAGUGACAUCUUUAGACCUUUACCUGGACAAGACAAACCCAUCAGAACUGUGCUGAUAAAGGGAGUCGCUGGCAUUGGAAAAACAGUCUCUGUGCAGAAGUUCAUCCUGGACUGGGCUGAAGGGAAACAGAAUCAGGACGUCCAGCUCAUAUUUCCACUUCCUUUCAGAGAACUCAAUCUGAUGAAGGACAAAACACUCAGUCUUUCAGAUCUUCUUCAUGUCUUUUUCCCUGAAACCAAAGAAAUGGAAAUAUCCAGUGACAAAUAUAAAGUGUUGUUCAUCUUUGAUGGUCUGGACGAGUGUCGUCUUCCCUUACAGUUUAAAACUAAUGAUACUCUACGGGAUGCAAACAAAAAGAAAUCAGUGGACGUGCUGCUGACGAACCUCAUUGCGGGGAAUCUGCUUCCCUCUGCUCUCAUCUGGAUCACCUCCAGACCAGCAGCAGCUGAUCUCGUCCCCUCUGAGUGUGUCCAUCGAGUGACAGAGGUACGAGGCUUCAAUGAUCCACAGAAGGAGGAAUACUUCAGGAAGAGAAUCAGUGAUCAGAGUCUGGCCGAUAGGAUCAUCUCACACCUGAAGUCAUCAAGGAGCCUCUUCAUCAUGUGCCACAUCCCAGUGUUCUGCUGGAUCUCAGCCGCUGUUCUGGAGAAGAUGUUGAGUCGAGCAGAGAGUGGAGAGAUUCCCAAGACUCUCACUCAAAUGUACACACACUUCCUGAUCCUUCAGACCAACAUCAAACAUGAGAAAGACUUUGAGAAGAACGUGACAGACGAAGACAUCAUCUUUAAACUGGGGAAACUGGCUUUUCAGCAGCUUGUGAAAGGCAACCUGAUCUUCUAUGAGGAAGACCUGAGAGAGUGUGGCAUUGAUGUGACAGAAGCAUCGGUUUACUCAGGAUUGUGCACUCAGAUCUUCAGAGAGGAGUUUGGCUUGUAUCAGGGGAAAGUCUUCUGCUUUGUUCAUCUGAGUGUUCAGGAACAUCUAGCAGCUCUAUAUGUGCACCUCUCCUAUACCAACAACAACGUAAAUGUGUUUGAUCAAAUCAACAAACAGAGUUUGAUGUCUAAAGUUCGACAAAAGUCAUUAGAUGCUUCAUUAUCUGCUCUACAUCAGAGUGCAGUGAACGAGGCUCUACAAAGUAAAAAUGGACAUCUGAAUCUUGUCCUGCGGUUUCUUCUGGGUCUGUCAGUGGAGUCUCAUCAGAUUCUCCUACAAGGACUAAUGAAACAAAAUGAAACAAAAAGCAGCUCUGACAGCAGUAAGGAAACAGUUAAGUACAUCAAGAUGAAGAUCAGGACCAUUGACUCUCCAAAAAAGUCCAUCAAUCUGUUCCACUGUCUGAAUGAACUGGGUGAUCAUUCACUAGUGGAGGAAAUACAACAGUAUCUGAGAUCUGGAACAAUAAAUAAAGCUAAACUCUCUUCAUCUCAGUGGUCAGCUGUAGUUUUUGUGUUGUUGACAUCAGAGAAGAAGCUGGAUGAGUUUGAUAUUAAUAAAUUUGUUGAAGGAAACAAUGAAACCAAAAAACUAGAAGUAUUUAAGAAGCUGCUGCCUGUGAUAAAAGAAUCCAGCUCAAUUCGGUUGUAUAAUUGUGGAAUCACAGAUAGAGGUUGUACUGCUCUGGCUUCAGCUCUGAGAUCAAACCCCUCACACCUGAGACAACUGGAUCUGUCUUGGAAUAAACUAGGAAAUUCAGGAAUCACACUGAUGUCUACUGUUCUCAAGGAUUCUCACUGUAAACUUGAGAAACUAGAGUUGAGGAAUUGUGGUGUCACAGAUGAAGGUUGUGCUGCUCUGGCUGCAUUUCUGAAAUCAAACCCUGAACACCUGAAAGAACUGGAUCUGUCUUGGAAUAAAAUAGGAGAUUUGGGUGUGAAGCUUCUCUCUGCUGGACUUGAAGAUCCUCACUGUAAACUGGAGAAACUGGAGUUGAGGUGUUGUGGCGUCACAGUUGAAGGUUGUGCUGCUCUGGUUUCAGCUCUGAUAUCAAACCCCUCACACCUGAGAUAUCUGAAUCUGUCUGGGAAUAAUCUUCAAAAAUCAGAAGUGAAGUUUCUCUCUGUUCUGAAGGAUAAUCCACAUUAUAAACUAGAGAAACUAUACUUUUGACUCUCAGUACUUAGUCCAGUUACCUCAGGAUCCCCAAUAUUAUCUGUCUGCAAUACCGGAGGCCACACUUUCAGGACCGCAGUUGUAGGACCGCACUUCUAGGACCCUAGUUUUUUGUGACAGCGCCACCUACCGAGCCGGAGAACCGCAGUCCCAGGAACUCAUUUCCAGGACCCUAGUUUUGGAGCACUGAAAAAAGUGCCACUAAGGCAGUAUUUCCACCCAGUUUUAACUACAUUAGAAUUUUAGAGUUUUUUAAAAGUUUUAUUACACCCAAAUACUACUUUCUUUAUUGCAAUUAAACCUGGUUCCUAGGAAUGUUGAGUAAUUAUUGGGUCUAAGUAACAUAAUAUAAUAACUCAAAUAAAAUAAACAAGGAUGACUCUGGGGGUAGAUUUAAGAUUGUGUAUAUUUUAUAAAAUAAUAUAUUACAACAGUUGAACUUCAACACACACAAAAACAAAUUUGUUCAUGACGUGAACCACACAGAAAGAACUUCAUGGACGACGUCUUCACUGACUCCUAAGAGAGAGAAAGAGAGAGAAGUGAAUGAAAUAAGGAACAUUUAGUUGAACAUGUUCUACUCUCUAAUUUUAAAUUUCAUAUUUAAAAGAUCUUAGUUACCACAGAGCGCACACACAUAUACGAUCCAAAAAGGAUUAUAUCAAUCUUCAUACCAAUUAAUGUUCAUAAUACUAUUAUUGCAUACUGUUUAAAGAUUUGGAAAAAUUUUAUUUUUAUGUUGUGGGAACAAAGGUUCUUGAAACAUUCAUGUCAAUAAAGCCCAUCUGAACUAAGAAAAAACAAAUAGAGAGAGAUGCAAGAAAUCUUAAUGGAAAUAACAUAUUAUUGACACGACUUUAAAUAUUUAAAGCACACGUUGUGAUGUACGCAGCAGCACUACCUACCACCUGGAUGCUCUCCCCUCUUUUCUCAGUUGUUUCUCUAUCACCCUGUUCAAUUCUUCCACUUCACUGAAAUAGUAAAUGGAGAACAUAAUCACUGCUAGGUUAACAGAAAUACUGUUAAUGCUUAAAAUAAGGAUACAUUGGACAUCGUGUAGAAACAAUUCCAAUACUUGACCAAUUUAUUUAUUUAUCUUUUGUCAUACUAUUACCUGCCCUGAGCUGAGUCCUUGAAAGCACUUCAUAUAGAGUACAGUACACAGUAAAUGACACAAUCUAACUUGUGGUAUUUUAACAGUCAAUUAUUAUGAUGGCCUCUCUGUUAUGUCUGACUAUUAAAAUGUCAUAUGUCUCAACCAACAUUAUAAAACCAUGUCAAAAUGAAGAGACGUACUCAUAACAUGUAUUGUGGGGUAACGUUAAACAGUUAAAACAUUAAGAUUAUUUUUAACUUAAUUAAAAUGGAAAAACAAUGAGUAAUUAACAAGCUUUCACAACGAACAUGCUGCAGUUUAUUGUGCUGUCAGUAAUUCAACACAGGCUUAUCAUGCUAACAAUUCAUUUUACAGCAUUAGAGGCUAAUAUAUGAUGGCUAUGCAUUCAAGACUAUUUAGCAAAUCACGAUCACUUCGGCUAUGUUGACUUUCCAAUUAAAUGCAUCACAUUGUUUUUAAUGUUAAACAAAUAAAAAUGUAUUCACAUUUGAUACUCACACUCUGACUGUCAUCCAUCUUCGCUGGUCCUCUAAUUCGCUAGGUGGCGCUGUCACUAAAAACCUAGGGUCCUAGAAAUGCGGUCCUAGGACUGCGUUCCUGAAAAUGCAGCCUCCGGUUUUGCAGGCAGAUGCUCUCAGGAUCAGCUGAUGGUGAAUAAGGAGCCGCUACAGAGACACACAGUCACACAAUCAACACAGACUCAAGACACCGAGACACACAGCGAUCACACUGUCGUGUGUGUGACUUCACAUCAGUUUUGUUGUUUUUUACAUUUUAUGGACCUGUUUUUUUUAAUUACAGAUGUCAUCAGAUGUCACUAUCUGCUAUAUAUACGUGAUGGUCAGUGAAUAAGUGUUGAAAAGCCUCAUCUGCAAUUUGUGUAGAUGCUGUAACAUGCAAUAUACACUACAAGUAACAAAUUAAAAAAACAAAUAAACAUUUAAAUCAACAAGUCUUAUUGUUUAAAUAAGAGAUUUACAGUGGAAUUUCUCUUAUACAGUUAAAUUAUCUGGGCUCUAUCAAGUUAUUGUAUACUGGAAGUUACUGUAUAAAUAAAUUCACUCAAUAUAUUUGGACUAACCACUUAUUCAGAAUUUUUACAUGUUUUGUCUACCCAUAUGGAGAGUUUUACAAAAUGUAUAGCUUGCGGUAUCUUUAUAGAUGUAUUCAAAAGUCUGUUCUUGUAAUGAUCAGAAAUUCAAUGUAUCAUAUGACUAUUAUUCUUAUGUACUUUCCACCAUUAACAACAAAUGGGUGUGAUUCUGCUGCUGAUAGCCUAAAUUUAAAUGAAGUUUACUGACAAAUUAUUGUGAUACUUGUCAAAAUGUUCAUUUUCAAGAUAAUGGAAGAUAUUUUUAUUUCAGGAAAAGUUUACAUUUUAUAAAUGCAUUAUAAAUGUUAACCACUGUUGUCUGUUUCAUUUAAUAGAAGACCCUCCAAUUACCAGAACUAACCUUUGGCUCCUGACUAAAGUUUACUUUCACUUUCAUUUUGUAUUUACAUCAAUUUUUGAAACAAACCAUUCCAGCGGUGUUCAGUUUCUG